UGAUGUUUUUCUUUUUGUGUAUGCCGAUCGCGAUGCAAAUUUCAAGAAUGGAGGGACCGCAGCUGACAUGAUUAUAGUAACUAAGAGUUUUAUUGUAUGCUACAGCAGUCAUCAAAUAUGUCUUUAAGUGAAUUGUGGUCCCAAGUCAGUGGUUCAAUCUCCAAAGCGACCGCGCAGCCCGUUAAAGUUGAAGCACAAGUUCCAACGAAGAUGAAUGAGUUUACGUCUCUUCUAAUCAGACUAGCUAUUUCUACCGGUCUCUCUAUUGCAUUAGGCAAAGUAUUGAUGGACAUGAUGGACCCAACGAGGAAAGAGAAAAAGGAAGCGAAAAAAAGGGCUGAAGAAUUAAUGAAAAGGAUUGGGGUGAAUAAUGUAAAGUUGACAGAAUAUGAGCUUUGUUUUGCUGCUGACCUAGUCGAACCAGCGAGUCUUGAUGUAUCAUGGAAAGACAUUGGUGGAUUAGAUCAUGUGAUCCGAUCAAUCAAAGAAACUGUUAUAUUCCCAUUUAUAAGAAGAGAUUUAUUUAAAGACUCAUAUUUAAUGCAACCACCAAAAGUCAGUAUGAUGUGUAGCUACCUGAGAAGUACAUUUUUCACCGAGCCUGGAGAACAAGGUCUUUUAUUACAUGGACCUCCAGGAUGUGGCAAAACAAUGGUUGCCAAAGCAAUUGCAAAAGAUGCAGGAGCCAGAUUUAUCAAUUUCAAAAUAUCCUCAAUGGUGGAUAAAUGGUACGGAGAGUCCCAGAAGCGAGCGGAGGCAGUGUUCUCAUUGGCUAUGAAAUUGCAACCAGCCAUUAUAUUCAUAGAUGAAAUAGAUUCCUUUUUACGAUCCAGGAGUUCACAGGACCAUGAAGCUACCGCAAUGAUUAAGGCUCAAUUCAUGAGUAUGUGGGAUGGCAUUAUUACUGACCCCAACUGCCUAAUCAUGAUCAUAGCAGCCACAAAUCGCCCCAGUGACAUUGAUCCAGCCAUUCUUAGAAGAUUACCUUGCCAGUUCAACAUAAAAAAACCAGAAAAACUUCAGAGAGUCAAUAUCUUAAAACUUGUGUUAUAUGGAGAACGGACAGAGGAUUUAGAUUAUGAAAAGUUAGGAGAAGAAACAGUUGGGUUGACUGGGAGUGAUCUCAAGGAAUUGUGUCGGGUAGCCUCAACCAAUAGGAUUCGAGAGCUUGUACAGAACAGCCACACAGACAACAUCUAUGAGAUGGAAAUAGAGAGACUGAGGCCGAUAACCAUGAAAGACAUGGAGAUUGGAAUAGCAAAGCUUACAAAUUCUAAGUCUGAAUUGUUGACAUUAAUUACGGAGAGCGUAGACUGAGGCUGUUGUGCUUUACGUAUGAAUAUGUUGUAUACAGUGGGUUCCAAACCAAUCUGAACAGCAAAAUCCUGUGAUAAAAAAUUUGUAUGGCUGGUGGAUUAUUGCCUCAUGUGUGAUGUUGGAAAUGCUGUAUGUGAGAACUGGUUUUAACUGUUGGAGAGUGUGCUAGCAGUCAAGGUUUAGUGAUGGUUGAUUUCAUUUUAUCAUGCUAUUGUUAUUCAAAUUUGUGAUUUUAAAAAGUACUAUACAGUUAUGAAAUUAUUACCAUUAUUACCAUGAUUCUUGGUAUAUGUAUAAAUUCAGUUGCAAAGAUAAGAUUUUAAUUAAAAUUACACUUGUAAAUCCUACUCAUUUACUCUAUAUCUUUAUUCAGAUUUAUGUAAAGUCUAUAAUUAAAUUAAUGAAACUACAUGUAUAAGACUGUAUGAGUCUGUACUCUAUAUCUUUAUUCAGAUUUAUGUAAAGCCUAUAAUUAAAAUUAAUGAAAUGGC